GGAUUCUCCAUUGACCAUCGUUGUCCAAGAAUUGACAUCCAUAUCCGACCCCUGUUCGUGCCCAGUUUACGAUCCACAAACGCAACUAUUAUCAAGUCACGUACCAUUGAGUCAGACCAGUCAAAAGUCCUCGGAGUUUUGGUGGUGCGAUUUCACUCUGGUAGAGUGGGACGACUAA